AUGGCGGAGGAGCCGGGGCCGCUGGCGGGGAAGCGGGCCGAGUCGGCGCGGGCCAGGCGGGCGGAGCAGCUGAGGCGCUGGCGGGGCCGGGAGGAGGAGGAGGCCGCGGCGGAGGAGAAGGAGGAGGAGGAGGAGGAGGAGGAGAAGGGGCGGCGGCGGCGUCGUCGUCCUCCUCGGCCCCGGGUGCGGUUCGAGCCCGGCGCCGUGUUCCUGGCGGCCUGCUCCAGCGGCGACACGGCCGAGGUGAGCCGCCUGCUCGCCCGAGGCGCCCACGUCGACACCGUCAACGCCGACGGCCUCACCGCCCUCCACCAGGCCUGCAUCGAUGAGAACCUGGACAUGGUGAAGUUCCUAGUGGAGAAUCGAGCCAAUGUAAACCAGCAAGAUAAUGAGGGAUGGACUCCCCUUCAUGCGGUGGCUUCCUGUGGUUAUCUUAACCUAGCAGAGUAUUUUUUAAACCACGGAGCCAACGUAGCUGCUGUGAAUAAUGAAGGUGAGGUCCCUUCCGACCUUGCAGAAGAAGCAGCCAUGAAGGACCUACUGCUGGAGCAAGUGAAGAAGCAAGGCGUUGACCUGGAGCAGUCGCGGAAGGAGGAAGAGCAGCAGAUGCUGCAGGAUGCCCGCCAGUGGCUCAACAGUGGGAAAAUCGAAGACGUGAAACAGGCUCGAACGGGUGCCACGGCCCUCCACGUGGCUGCUGCUAAGGGUUAUUCGGAGGUUCUCAGGCUCUUGAUCCAGGCUGGGUAUGAAUUGAACGUCCAAGAUCAUGACGGCUGGACUCCACUCCACGCUGCUGCCCACUGGGGGGUCAAAGAGGCCUGCUCCAUCUUGGCCGAAGCACUUUGCGACAUGGAUAUCAGGAAUAAACUGGGCCAGACGCCGUUUGACAUAGCCGAUGAGGGAAUUGUGGAGCACUUGGAGAUGCUUCAGAAGAAGCAGAACAUGCUGCGCAGCGAGAAGGAGACGAGGAACAAACUCAUCGAGUCGGGCUUGAAUGGCAAGUUGCAGAGCGGACUCUUUAAGAACAAAGAGAAAAUGCUGUAUGAGGAAGAACCGCCCAAAUCCCAGGAAGCAGAGGAAGAGAACAAGGAAUCCAGCAGCUCCAGCUCUGACGAAGAGGAAGAAGGGGAGGAUGAGGCUUCUGAGUCGGACACGGAAAAGGAGGCCGAGAGAAAGCCAGAAGCUGUCGUCAACCAUUCCAGCUCCGAAUCCAAGAGUAGUAGUGUCAUCGAACAAAUACCACCACCGACUCAGAAUACCUUCUCGGCUUCUCCUGCUAGGAGGUUCUCCUCCAGCUUCUUCAACAAGACCGAAGAGCCCAAGGACGAAUCCCCCUCUUCCUGGAGGCUGGGGCUCCGCAAAACUGGCAGCCACAACAUGCUGAGUGAGGUGGCCAACUCCCGAGAGGCCCUGAGGGACCGGGGAUCCUCAAUCUACCGCUCUUCUUCCAGUCCUCGGAUUUCUGCGCUGCUCGACAACAAAGAAAAGGAGAAGGACAGCAAAAGCUAUUUUGCCUCAAUCGCACCUCGAAGGCUCAACAGCACAAGUGACAUCGAAGAAAAGGAGAACAGGGAAUCGGCGGUUAACCUCGUGCGGAGCGGCUCCUAUACCCGGCAGCUGUGGAGGGAUGAAUCAAAGGGGAAUGAACCCCCCCAGGCUGGCACGCCAUCCACCUAUGUCUCCACCUAUCUGAAAAGUGCUUCAUUUGGUAGGAGUAGUGAUCCCACCGGCCCCUACAUUUCAGCCAGUCGCAAUUCAUCUCCUGCUACCUCACCCAUUACCCUUGAUUCAUCUACCUCUCUGGGCAGCCAGUGGCAACCUGCCUCUUCCUGUCCCACCCCAGUCAGUGCAAACACUACUACGGCGGUUCAGCCUGGCAGAGCCUCGUACAAGCCGCAGACUGACACGGCGGCGGAGAAAGCUACAGAGAACAUCUCUUCGAGCACCCCUCUGUGUGUGAUCACCAACCGCCCCCCUCCCAGCACCACCAAUGGAGUCACGCCGGCCAAUGUGCUCGCGACUACUGGAACGGACCCCUCAGCGGAAGCCAGGGAGAGGAGGCGGUCAUAUCUGACGCCUGUCCGGGACGAGGAAGCUGAGUCCCUUAGGAAAGCUCGCUCCAGGCAAGCCAGGCAGACCCGCAGGUCUACACAGGGGGUGACACUAACUGACCUUCAGGAGGCAGAGAGAACCUUCAGCCGGUCUCGGGCCGAGCGGCAAGCUCAGGAACAGCAAGGUGAAAAGUCAGAGGACACCAGCGAGAGGCAGGAGUCAUCGACAGCAAGAGAACUUGGGGAGAACCGGCAGCGGUGGAGUAGAAACUUGGACAAUGAGUCGGUGUAUCGACGAUUGAGGUGCCCGGCCCAGCAAGAUAAACCUACAACGCCAGUAUCCCCUUCUGCAUCGAGCCCCUCCCUCUACGUGGCUUCCCAUCACCUCCGGGGUAGUAGGUCUUCGGGCCUCGACACUGAGAGUGCGGCCACCACCCGAAGCGCAGAGAAGGAGAUGGACAAGAAUGAGAGUGAAGAUCGGGAUGUAGACGACCAGUCUUCCAACAAGCUGUCCAUCCGGGAGCGAAGGCGGCCAAAGGAGAGGAGGAGAGGCACAGGCAUUAAUUUCUGGACAAAGGAUGAGGAUGAAGUGGAUGGCACUGAGGAGGUGAAGGAAUCACGGCAUGAAAGGCUUUCCAGGUUGGAAUCGAGCAGCAGCAACCUCACCACCAGCGAUACGUACGGUGACCGGGCUUCGGCCCGGGCCCGCCGGGAGGCCCGCUUGGCUUCCCUCACCAGCCGCGUGGAAGAAGACAGCAACAGGGAUUACAAAAAACUGUACGAGAGCGCCCUGACGGAGAACCAAAAACUCAAAACGAAACUUCAGGAAGCCCAACUGGAGCUGGCGGAUGUCAAAUCCAAACUGGAGAAGGUGGCCCAGCAGAAACAAGAGAAAAGCUCUGACCGGUCGACGAUGCUGGAGAUGGAGAAAAGGGAGAGAAGGGCCCUGGAGCGGAAAAUGUCUGAAAUGGAGGAGGAGAUGAAGGUUUUGACCGAGCUGAAGUCUGACAACCAGCGACUGAAAGAUGAAAACGGUGCCCUCAUCCGAGUCAUCAGCAAACUCUCCAAGUAGACUCUCAGGAGGCCAGAUGGGAAGACUGUCCUCUUGCUCAAGCGGCUCUGCUUUUCCCCCCUCCCCUUCACCUUCCAGCCGAGAAAGCCAAUGGGAAUAUCAGCUUUUUGGCCUUGGGAUCAACUUACCUCCCUUCUCCCCCCUUUCCCCUUCCUGCCCCUUGUACAUUCGCCUUUCCCAGAUCUCAGUGCCCAAGUCUGUUUUAAUUCAUUUCUAAUUUAAGCAUGAUGUAACCAAGGAUGCUUUCUCUGGAGAUGGGGGAAAGGGGUGAGGACCGGCCUUGAACCUCAAGACUUCCAGCCCUUCUCCCCAUCAGUCCUCUUUGAACCAGCUCCAAUUCAGCCCAGCUGGUACUUCGCAGUAGUCAGCCAUCACUGCGCAGCCAUGUAUUGAAUGGAUCUAAAUGUCCCCAUCCUUCCCAAUUUGCCCAGGGAGGUGUUGGAGCCAGGCCCAGAAGCUGUCUGGCCUGGGCCCUACCCAGCAGCAAAGACUGCUGCACUGUUACUGAACCACAAGGCAGCCCUGGAGGGCCAGUUUCUGCAAGAGAGGCCACACCUGCUGCUUCCCAUGUUGCUCUGCAGUCUUUGCCCAUUGCCGAGGAGCUGACUUGUAUUGGUUGCUAUUCUUUUUAAAAUGUCUGUGGAAAAACAUCGUUGAAUAACUCCCAUCUCUGGGCUGCCUUUAGUAUUCUCUUUCCUUUCCCUGACACUCUCUCUCCCGUCCUUCUCCUCUCCUCCCCCCAGCCUAUCCUCCUUUUAGCCAAGGAGAGGGGAGAAGAGUCCUCAAGUUCAGGAGGCCUUUGUUGUUCGAACAUUGUGGCCCUGAGCAAGUCCUCCGAUAAAUAAGAAAUGUCACGUCAGCCAAAAUCCCUGCUCUUCUCCCUUGUGAAGCAUUGUAAAUUGGACAGAACCCAUUUGUUCGCCCACUCGCCAGCCCACUGGCACCGG